AGGUGAGGUUUGCUGUAGGGGGUGAGGGGCGAUGGCUCUUGCAGCUGCUCGUGUUGCAUCUCCCCUGGAGAGGACAAAGGUGCAGUGUCACCUACCAAGCCAGGUGGGUCUGAGCCAGGAGCCACCAAAGUGCAGGUCGAGAUGGUGACGCGUGGCCCUGUGUCCUGGCUGUGUGGAUCAGUGACAGAGAUGUGUUCAGCUCAGGCUCCAGAGGAGCAAGUCAUCCCUGUGCCAAAGCCAGGGAGAGAAGGGUGAUUUUUUUUUUUUUGACAUCCUUUGGAGUUUUGAUCUCCAUAUUUGGAAAUGUUUACCCAUUGCUCUGAUCUAUUGCAAGGGAGGGGAGGUGACUCAGGGUCUGGUGGAAGCAGGAUUUGGAUUCCUGUAGUAAGGUUCCCCCCCCACCCCCCCUUUCUUGUUUUGGAAGCUUGUUGUGGUCAGUUUUCAGUUCUCUCUUGCUCCUGGACCUUGUUCCAAAUUUGAUCUGCUCGAGAGGGAAGUGUGUUAGCGAAGGAGCUUGCCUGGAUGGCGAAUACUGUUUAACUGGGUGUGCCUGAAUGCAUCAGCCUUUGGAUGUGAGCGUCUUCUCCUGAAACAGCCUUGUGAUAUCCUAGCUGCUUGUUCUCUUGGGAGAUCCAUUGGAAGAGCCUGUUUGUACGUCUGUCUGGGUGCCUGACGGUGUUGCCUUCCUUCCAGAUCUGAACCAUGUCCCACCCAUCCUGGCUGCCACCCAAGAGUACCAACGAGCCUGUUGGUCACGUUACUGCAAGGAUGGAGACAACACACACCUUUGGGACUCCCAGCAUCUCGGUGUCCACCCAGCAGACACCAAAGAAGUUUGCACCUGUUGUUGCCCCCAAGCCAAAGUACAACCCCUACAAGCAACCAGGAGGUGAUGGGGACUUCCUUCCUCCACCCCCGCCUCCUGUGGAUGACCUCGGGAAUGUCACGUCAUCACAAGGUGCCUUUCCCCCGCCACCCCCUCUGGAUGACGUUACUUUCAAUGUGCAGGUGAAUCCUGGUGGCAAGACCCUUGAGGAGAGGCGGUCCAGUUUAGACGCAGAAAUCGACUCUCUGACCAGUAUCCUGGCUGACCUAGAGAGCAGCUCUCCUUACAAACCUCGGACUCAACAGGGAUCUGGGACCUCAGGCAGCUCUGCUGCCACCACCCCAUCCGUGUCCACCCCCGUCACCAGCCACAAGCGGAUGAUCAUCCCCAACCAGCCUCCCCUCACCGCCACCAAGAAGUCCACCACUAAGGGCCCGGGGCAGCCGGCGCCCAUCCCGGUGACUCCCGUUGGCACCCUGAAGCCUCAGCCAGUGCCAGCCUCCUACGCCACGGCCUCCACCCCAAGCCGCCCGGCAUUCAACAUCCAGGUGAGGACGGCGCAGCCCAGCCCGCACUACCAGCCACCCGGCCCACAGCCCGCGCACUAUGGCAGCCUCGGGCCCGGCCAGCCCUACGCUCCCCCGCCAGCCCGCCCGCCCGGUGCCCCGCAGUACGGCCCUCCGCAGCCCCGCGGGCCCGACUACGGCUACGCCCCGCCGCCUGGCCGGCCCUCGGAGCCUGCUUACGGCUAUGCACCUCCACAGGGCCGCUACCAGGACCCCUACUAUGGGGGGUAUGGAGGCAGGAACGGCUCCGAAGCGCCCUAUGUGCCACAGAGCACCUGGAAGGUUGAGCCAGCGUAUCCUGCCAGUAACACCGUGGGCCAGGCUCCUCCCGGGCUCUACCAGCCGCCUGGCACAAAGAAGACCUACAUCACCGACCCGGUGCUGGCCCCGCAGCCGCCUGUGAUGCAGCAAAAGAGUGGGUAUCCAAGUUCCGGACCUGCAUCAAGCACUCCUGCCUUCAGGCCUGAGGAUGAGCUGGAACAUCUGACCAAGAAAAUGCUGUAUGACAUGGAAAAUCCACCCUCUGAUGACUACUUUGGCCGCUGUGCCCGCUGUGGGGAGAACGUUGUCGGGGAAGGCACCGGCUGCACAGCCAUGGACCAGGUCUUCCAUGUGGAGUGCUUCACCUGCAUGAUGUGCAACAGCAAGCUGAGGGGACAGCCUUUCUACGCAGUGGAGAAGAAAGCCUACUGUGAACCCUGCUAUAUUAACACACUGGAGCAAUGCAGUGUCUGUGCAAAGCCCAUCAUGGAAAGGAUCCUCCGAGCCACUGGGAAGGCCUACCAUCCCCACUGCUUCACCUGCGUGAUGUGCCAUCGCAGCCUGGAUGGGAUCCCCUUCACCGUGGAUGCUGGUGGGAACAUCCACUGCAUUGAGGAUUUCCAUAAGAAAUUUGCACCAAGAUGUUCUGUUUGUAAGGAGCCCAUCAUGCCAGCCCCAGGACAAGAGGAAACUGUACGCAUUGUCGCCUUGGAUCGUGACUUCCACGUCCAGUGCUACCGGUGUGAGGACUGUGGCGGCCUCCUCUCUGAAGGGGACAAUCAGGGCUGUUACCCUCUGGAUGGGCACAUCCUUUGCAAGACUUGCAACUCUGCUCGGAUCCAGGCUCUGACUGCCAAGGCCAGCACUGAUCUCUGAGUAUCAACUGUGACCCUCCCCAGGACACCCAUUGGGGGAUAUUGCACAAGCUUUGCAUGAUUUCUUUCCAGCCUAGGGUCUGAAUCUCUGUUUAAAAAAAAAAAAAAAAAAAAAAAAAAGAAAUAAAACUGGAAGGCCUUGGAACAAGAGGGCAGUUUGAGAGGCCAUGUUCAGGCUGACCAUGACAGGCACCUGAAUUAGACAUGACUUUUCUGGAGGGUGGCGAGUGAGUCAGACCACCUGCUGUCUCUGCAGCGGAUGGAGAUAAGUGGUCACAGCACCUAAGUUUAUCUGCCUGUAGAAGGAGGUCUGAACAUGGUCCUAACUAUAUUUUUGUGUUUGAUUCCUGUUUCUUAAGAAGUACAUGAAGGUAGAAGGUGAAAGAUGGCUGAGCUAGUUCUUUCUUCCCAGCUUUGAGAACCGGACCAGCUCUCAUUGAAGUCUUAGGGAGCUCCCCUUUGACUUUAAUAGUAUCUGGAUCACCAGCAGAAAGUAGCUCCACAGUCCUAGAAGUUGUUAGGGCAGACUCAGCACUCCUCUCAUCACAACACAAACAGUACAACUUCAGCUGUACUGCACCUAAGAGUGUAAGCGUGACCUUGUAUCCUUGGGACACAGAUUUGUUAUCUAUUUCUUUUUUCCUAGGCCCUUACUUGUCUCCAUUCCCUUCCAGUUCAAUAGGGUUUUUUCUUUUUCUUAUGAAAUUAUAUUUUGCUAUUGCAUAAAUUUAUUCAGUAGUGAUGCUUCCAAUUCACAAUGUAUGAGCAAUCACAGAAAGAUGUGAGCUUGCACACACUAUACACACACACUACACACAGACACACACAAUGUGCUUUUGAUUUACCAGAGGUAUAAGCCAAUCAUGUCUGUUGAAAAGGUCUUUUAAGGAUGUGAGGCUGGAAACACAUUUUUAAAAUCCCAGUGGUUUAAAAAAAAAAAAAAAGUGACUACAUAGAACUGCAGUGCAAAGCGAUGCUCAAAAAAAUUCUUGUGCCAACCUCUCACACACCCCAAUCUAGUGGGACCACUGGCAGUGUUGGUUUCUGGGUAGACAUUUAAGCAAUAGAGUCUUGUUCCAUCUCCUGUGUAUUGCAAUGGGAGGAUUUUCCUUCAACUGUAACAGGGAUUGAAUCAAGCCUUGGGAUAUAUAUUUCUCUGGUGUUAAUGAUCUGGAGUGCUCAUUAAAAAAACUAAGGGUCUUAUUUCAAUAACGGCAAAAAGCAUCCUCCUAAAUACAUGUUGUACUUCAGUUUUUAUCUUAAGAAAGCUAAAGGAGGUAUUAAACCCUUGUCUAUGCCAUUCCAAAAAAUUAAGCUUUUUUUGUGGGUUUUUUUCCCCCUCUUUCACUUUCAUCCCAGCCACUUAUAACUUCUCUUUGGUGAAAUGUCAUUGCAGAAAAGUGCUGGGCCAACAGCAGCAUUUUCAUCUUCUGUCCAGAAUUAAUAUGUAUGCCAAGGUAAAUAAAAGCUGGCCACAGAUGAUAAUUUUUUUCUUAUGUUGGUGGGAUUUUUUUAGUUAGGUUAAUUUAAAAAAAUAAUUAGAAAUCCACAGCAUUCUGAGCAGCUAUAAUAUUCUUGUUCAUGAAACCCAUAAUAACUAAGGUGCAAAUUACAUAGGGAGUAAUUUUCGUAUCACUGAAUUGACAUUAAUACCUUAUUUGCAGAUGUAAUCAAAGAAAAUACCUUUCUUUGCACUUAACAAAUUAAGAAGCAGAACUGAAACAGUUGCAGGCUGAUUGACCAUAUAAGUGACAAACCAGCAUUUUUCAAGAGUAAGUUAUAAGAAUUUUUUUCAUGCACCCACUGAAAACAAUAAGAAUAUGGCGCUUUCAUCUUUAAUCUUUAUAAGAGAAGCCUAAUAUAAUUAUACGCACUAAUGCGAAAAAGAAAAGUUAGAUGAGCAAAUGAAAAUUUGACAUACUCACUGCAGCUCCUGCAAACGGUACAUUUCUUUUCAGUUUAGCACUAACCUUUAUGGAAGAGCACUGUGAAAUUUAAUAGCUUUAGCUGUAUACAGUAAAUUCAAAUACAGAAAUACCAGUGUGAAACCUCUGUUGCUUACACGGUUUGUAUGUUGGCAAACUCUACCAGUGUCAGGGAAGAUUCCCAAAAUUCACAGCUCGGAAUGAAUCCUUCAUUGUAGAAGGGUGGAAUCGUUAAGCAAAAGAAAUCGUUCUCCACCAUAGUGGCUGUGCUGAAGCAGUUUGCCAUUUUAUACUAGAUUUCUACCCUGGCCUUCAAGAAUUUUACUGCCUCAGACGUAAACAGGUUUUUUUUAUUAUUAUUUUUUUGUGCACCGUGACUCCUGCCAGGUUCCAUCUGAGCUCCUGCUCCCUGAACUGUGGCAUGUAAGGUACUUCUGAGCUCGCUUCUUUACAGGCAGUCUGCACCAUCACCAGUCAAAAAACCCUUGCAGUUAUUGAGAAAAUCCAGUUUGAACUAACCCUACAAAAACAUGGGAGGUCAGAGCUGGGAUUGCUAACACUAUCAUAUCCCUGUGGAAGAUUUUACAAUUCUGCAAGCACAGGUGAAUAUGUGAUGCACUUGGGUGCAGAAUAAGCCAUUCAACAGGCAGCAAAUGUAGCUCUGAUCUUCCUUUUCUUCUUAUUAUUAAAUCAAGUGGCUGCUAAGACUCUCAUGAGUAACACUGGGGUAAUUGAUGGAAAAAAGCUAUUGUGUCUUGCUGCAGAAUGUGGCCUAGACUAAGGAGGACUGAAGUCCAGUGCCUUUGGGCUUUUUAUAGCUGUGCCAUAGGCCGGACGUGGAGCAAGUCAUAUGGCUUCUCGUCUUCUGCACUCUGCAUGAGAGGGCUUCAUUCCAACUUCCCAGGGACGUUAUGGGAAUUAAACUAAUCAGAGAUUGGCCCAAACUACUGUUUUUUGGAGUUCUGUCUUCUCCUUCCAGAAAAGUUUGCUGGUAUGUAGGUUUGGGAUUCCAGCCCGUUUCAAAGCUCGGGGCCAGCCAGGAGAUCAAGAUCUGAAUCCCCUGUGUUAUUAGGGUGCUGUGGUGAGUUCGGCUGGCAUGCAGGAAGGUGAAAGCCAAACUUUUCAAGCAUUAAAUCCUCCAUGGAUGGAAGAUGUUUGACAAAGAUUGAGCAGUGUUCAUAUUUGAGGUACAGCAGCUAAUUUCUAGACACAUCUUUCGGACACAUCUGGGCAAAGGUACUAUCGUGCUUUUAUUUUCACCCCUGAAACACCAAAGCCAACUGCCUGUUGGAAUGAGUGAGCAUCCAAAACACUCUUCUUUAUUUUCUGUAAUGUGUGUGGUUUUGGCUUUGAAAAUUGCUAUAAAUAUAUUUGGAAGAUACUGCAUAAAUAUAUAUACAUCACAGAGGCUCUCAUCACCUGCAUGUGUAUGGAAGUCUCCCCUCUGAUGCUUCAGGAUUUAAUUAGGAAAUGCUGGUGGACUUAUCUCAAUUGCACUGCAAUUAAGAACCACUGGGAUUUUGCUUCUCCACAAUAUUUAUCACAUAUUCAUAAUAUAUCCUGGUUUAUAUCUUCCAAAGAAGGAGUCUUUUUGCCAAAGACACCUUGCUUUUCUGAAGGUGCACUUCUUAGCCAUGAUAAAAAUUCACAUCACCCAUAGGGCUGUGGUAAUGUCCCAACUGUUUCUUUCAGAAAGAAUUGGAAGAUCUCACAGAUAUUUCUGUUGAGAUCUACAGAGCUUUUGCUUAUGCUGCUUUGGCUUUGUCUAGCAUUUAUUGGGAAGUAGGGCCUGAUCCCAUGAUUUGUGUGGCCAGAUGGGGCGCAGGAAGGUCCAGGAUCAGGUUCUAAUUCAGCAAAAUAUUUAAGCCUAUGGGGUUUGUUUAAGCACAGGCUUAAAGCCAUCGCAUGGUGUGACAUAAGCCAUGGGUCAUUAAUCAGUCAUUAAGACCCAACUGAUUCUGUAUCACCCUGUCAUACAGAUUUGAUCCGGCUAGGAUGUGGGCACAGUCAAGUUUCUGUCAAAUUACACAGAACACAUUAAAUGGCUCAUGCGUUGCCCUUAUGCCAACUGCAGGAGGGCACCCAGCAGCUGAUCCAACAUAACAUUUGGACAACAGGAGGAUGAGUUAUUACAUGGACAUCGCUUUGUGUUGGGUGGCUGUGGCAUGUUCCAUAUGUCACAAGUAGCCCUACAGUCAGGUUUACUUCAUCUUUGAACCAUGGCUUUAAAACUGUCUACUUAAACUUUCUCCAGAAGAUUGGGUUGCCUUGGUUACAGCCUAGUCCUUAAGCAUAUCCCCAAGGCUAACACUAGUGUUUUGUGAAUGUGAUGGUUUUAUUGUCACUUACUUUAAUCAUUCCCUGAAAGGUGCUUUUAAAAACAGAAAGCAACACCAUCACCUUAGCCUAUCAGAUAAUGCACCUUUAAUUUUGUUUUUGGUUUUUUAUUAUUAUUAUUAUUUUAAUUCUUAGAUUUUUAUCAUGGCUGCAAAACACUUGGGUAAUGACUUAAUCAUAGAGGUGUGGGAGUACCAAAGUGUUUACAUAGUGAACUCUACAUAAUACCGUUCAUCCUGAUAGCAGGAGCAAGACUUUCAUGAGACACAGGCCUUAAGUUGACUUUCCACCUAUCAGCAGUAUGUGCCUACAAAGAAUGAGAAAAAAGUGUCUUUUAGAGAAAUGGGGUGGUUGAAGAGAGUAUGCAACAAGUCAUGCUGAAAUCUUGGACCUGGUCAGCCAAGCCUAGCUUAGGUUUGAUAAAUGCUGGUUCCCUUUGAUUUUGAGAAAGUCCAGCAGGCAAGGGAUAACAGGACCCAAGAGAAGGUCCUUGAGGGCAAUCCCGUGACUUUGCCCUCCUUUGGCGUCAGAGAUAAACGUUAGACACCUGGUACUUCAGCUGAAUGGCUCAGAAAGGAUUUGAGUUUAUAACUGUUUUCUGUUGAUGUCUGGUUCCCGCAGUUGGUUCAUCAUGUUGAUUUACCAUUUGUUCACUGAGUUGGGAUGACUACACCGUAUGUAGGCUUCAGUACUGUAAGUCAGGGCUAGCAGAGAGAGGUGUAUUUCACUGUGGUGAAAUUCCCACGAGAAAACACUAGUGAUGGUAAUUAAGGGUUUGUUGCCAAAGGAUAUCAGGAACUAUCUAGAGGUUAGUAAAGUGUAAACUGAGAGAGCUGUGAGAACACUAUUUCCAGUAGAGCUGGUCACAACGUUUACACUAAAUUAUGCAAUGUCAGAAGGGCCAUUUUUUUUAAUCAUAGAUUCUCUCUUUUUGCAAUGUUAUCCACAGCAGUUUCUUUUCUUGCUCUUAUAAUUAAAAACAUAUUGAAUUUUUAUCUAAAUAAAUUUCAGAAUUGUUAACAAAUAUUUUCAUUUCUCAAAACCCAUGUCGUCUUUUUCAGUUUUUGUAGUUCUUGGGUUUCUUCUGCUGGUAAAUUAAAGUUUCUGUGACAAUUUUGAAAACUUCUUUGGAUAAAAAUUCUAUUUAAAAACAAGCACAUGUGUUCUUGGGAAAUGGUUCAAUAUUGGACCUGGUGAAAUAAAAAAAAGCUUUGAAACUUUUCACAAGAUAUUUUUUCCCUAUUUUUAACUAGUUUUGCUAACUUUGAAGUCACUGUUUCCUUUGUUAGAACAAUCCAAAUAAUGUGACUCUUCUUAAAAUAACAGUGUUACAUCUGUUGGGUUCAUUUUCCUUUCCCGUCUUAAAGCCAGGGUCUUUUUCUGUGGCAAUUGCAAUUUUCUUCUUUGGGUAUUUUUUCCCCCCCUGAAAUUACUGAAGAAUGUAAGUGCAUUAUGGCAACUGCCGUGAUGAUCAAGAGCUAAUGAUUGAACUUCAUCUCCACCUAUCCUUCUGGGCUUGGGAAUGGCAUUUCUCCUCAAACAUUUCUAGAAAUACUACCUGGCUUCCUCAGCAUUUCAGGUUUGAAUUUGCAGCAGUCGAUUGCCUGACUGGCAUAUGAAGCAUGAGUGAGUAAACUUUAAACUUAAAUUUAAAUUCAAGUUUAAAGUGUACUUUUAGAUAGAUAGUGUAGUAAAAUACUUUAUUCUUUAAAAAAAAAUUAAAUUUAAUUUAAAAUUAAAUAAAAGUUAUAACAUUCACCCAGCAUCUAAAAAUCUAAGGUAGAAAACAUAACCUCAGUAGGUUUCCUGGUGGACGUUGGGGAACAGCUCUCAUUCAGCCUGGAAAUUCUGUGCCGUGAUCUGAAAAAAACCAAGCUCAAACGCUUGCAGACUGCUCUGGCAUAUGCACUCGCAUGCACACGUAAGGUGGUUGUGGGGCUACAGCUCAGCAGAAAUACAGGCUGCAAUAUUGAGCACUGCUACUUAAACCCCACUGGGCUUUAUUCCUGGCUAUGUGUUCCCAGACUCUUUGGCUGCGUGUUACGGGUGGAAGCAAUGGGGUUGAUCACUGGUAUCAAGAGCACCCAGUUCAAACUUUGUUUUUUUAAUGUUGCUGUUUGUCCAAAUUUCUCAUCAUACCUCGACCUUUCAGAAAUUGGGGAAGGAGGCAGAAGCCCCGGGUGGUAGCAUUACCUUCACAUUUCCCAGACUGGAGUCCCUCGUUGGGAACAUGACACUUGGGGUGUCUCUGCUUUUUUGCCUCAGCCUCCCUUUGUCCGCAAGCAGCUCUCUUACCCGCUUUUUCCAUUUGCUCAACGUGCACUCAUCUUUGCAGUGAAGAUGUUAAGUUACUUACUUCACAGAUGUAUUGUGAGUCUUAGCUAGUAGUUGGAAAAACUUUUCCAGUUCUUUAAUCAAGUAGUUUUGUGCAUUCAUAGUAUCAGUGGCCUGCCACAUGGAUAUCAAAGAAAAUUAUUAUAAUUAUUGCUUUUAAAAUGAUUAUGAAAUUGUGCCUUACUUUUUCAGUCAUAUUUAACCAUGUAAUUUAGAACCACACGAUUGCAGGGAUUUAUCAUGAAGAAAUUUGUUUGAAGGAUAGUUUGUUUGUUUUAAAAUAUUUUUUAUCCAAAAAUGAAUUUAUUAGUUUUUUCUCUUAUUUUUUUCUUCCAGUUUUAUUCCUUUAAUGUGUUUGUGUAAAAGGGCAGCCAGAAUUUGCAUUCGUGAGAGACAGAAGAUUUUAUUUGGUCUUGUAUGUAGAGCUUUCAUUUUCUUUCAUGUUCCUUCAGGAAAAUUCCUCUUUGCCCGAUUACUCAUACUUAGAUGUCUUUAAAUGCAGGCUGACCAGUAAGGGCUUUUUGUCGUUGUUUAAUUUAGUGUGUGGUUUGCUUUGUGGUUUUUGUUUUGGUUUUGGUUGUUUUGUUUUUUUAAUUAACCAGAUAUGGGGUACUGGAGAGGCAUUGCACAUUAAUGCAGAAUGUUAAUGCUAAUUUUCAUAGAAAAGACAAAAUUAGAGGCUUUUCCUGUCUCCAGUGCAGUUUCGUUACUGUUUUGCGUACAACACUAAUAUUAAGCCAGUCUGUAAAGGCAAAAUACUCAGAGUGACCUACUUCCAUUCACCAGCAAGAACCCUUUGUCAGCUGACUCCUGCUUGUUUGUUCAUUUCUAAAUGUCGGAUUACAGAACAAGCAUCUCCUAAAGAUGAAAGAAAAACAGUGUUUUCAUGUGCAGGAAAUUUGGGGUUGCAGUAACAGAACAUUUUCUUUGUGAAUUUGGAUGUCGUGGUGUUUCAAGCUCCUGCCUGGAGCCUCUAUCAAUUUGGCCUCUGAUCCAGUUCAUCUCACUGGUGCUCCUAAAAGGCUGCAGCCCUGCAAAAGCUCAUGCAGCAUUUUUGGUUGCCUUCCCUUGCUCCCAUGUGGUACAUAUUUGCACAGUUUAACUGAGCUUUUCUUUCUGCUGAAGGUCAGAUGCAAGUGAUACGAAACACUAAACUUUAUAAACAAGCAAAGCCAUUUCAACCACAGCAUUUUGGACUAGAAUGGAUUUUUAGGUGGCGCACUGUCUGCUGGCCUUUGGAGAGGGGAUCCUGAGACUACAUUGGACUGGAACAGGAUGCAAAGCCACAAGCCCUGGUUUUUUUAAUAAACUACUUACUGUAAUCCAGCUACACAGUUUCAGCCUCACGCUUCAGAAAAAGCUUCCAGCAGCAAUGCACGUACAGGCACUUUCUCUCUUGCAGAAAGUGAAACUUUCCCCACCAAAGUAAAUUUAACCUAUUGCAUAAGAUGCUGGAAGGUUUUUUUUUCCUCGGGAUUCUCGCUGUAACCUCUAUGUGCAGAGGAUGAAUAGCUUUUCUUUUUCCUUUUUUUUUUUUUUUUUUUUGCAAGAUUAGAUGUUGCAUAUUGAUGAGCUAGCAUUUCAAAGGUCCAUGGGGCUUUGGAACGUAUUAGGAAUCUCUGAAGUUUAAUAUUCACCAUGUUUUAAAUAUUCAGAAGGAAAAAUCUGCAUAAAAUGGCUUUUGAUAAAUAUGUUCUAGGGAUUCUUCCUUUCUAUCUUACGCAAGCGUUGUGGGGAUUGUGGCUGUGCCAGUUUUGUUCCAAAGUAUCUUUUGUUUUAGUGUUUCAGGACCAUUUUGAUUCUGUUUGUAUGCCCAGUGCUUGUCCUGAAGUCUUCUGUGGUUUCUGCUGGAACUGUACAGCAGGCAGGUGGAGACCAAGAAGGUGCAGCUGAGCAUCGUGACUCUGGAGUGUCUGUUUGAUUGCUACCCUCCUUAUGACAUCUGGGCAUUUCCAGCCUCUUUCUGUGCCUGCUUUUUGUGAUGCCCUUUGGGAUUAGCCCAGUGGUCAGGCCUGGCUGAGAUCUUUCUGCAAAGGUGCUCCACACAAGUGGGGAUUUCAGAAUGGGGAGGACAAGACUGUGGGUGCAGGAGAAAAGCAAAGUGCUACCCAGUGCAUCUCAGAUCUCACAGGGCAGUUUCCCCUUCCUUGGAUGUCCCUCUUUGGUAAGAGACUCAGCAGUAGGAGAUGUACUUUUAGGAGACAUUAUCUCUUGGGGAUGCCCUAUUUCCCCUGCUGUUGAAAAUCCAGUUGAAGCUUUAGAUGAGGAGGCUCAGUUACAGGCUUGCAAACACGCAGCUAUUUUACUGUAUUAUUAACUCUCUCGUUUGCCUUACCCUUAACGUCCCAUGGCACACACCGUGGUGUGCAGGACGGCGGCUCUGGUUCUGCUCACACGCAGCCUUGACUUUGUCAUGCUGGUCCCUGUUGAAUCAGCGCCUGGUACUUGUUCUCAGGAUUACCCUGGCUUGGGCCAAGAGCACCUCACCCUCCUAUGCAAAAGGUGGUGCUUUCAGGUUUUGGCUUACCAGUAAUGCAGCCCUUUCAAACUCACUUUUCCCCUCUCACGUAUUCCUGACAGAAGUAGCAUUUUAAAUAUUUCAUAGCAUUAUUCUUUCUUCUUCCUUUUUGCCAGAUGCCUUUAAAACAUUGUCAGAUUACAAUCUGGGUGGGGGUUUUCAGGAUCAAUUUCCUUUCCUUCUUGAUUGCAUGGUAUGAGUUUUGCAAUAAGGGGGUUUUUUUUCCUUUUUUUCCUUUUUUUCUUUUUUUUUUUUCUGUUUUUUCAGUCUUGCAGAACAGAUGCCUUCAGUUUAUGCAGAGAAAGAUUGACUAUGAUUAGAGCUAAUCCAGGAUGGCAGGAUUGGACCCCCACAGUGAAAGCUAGAAAAGUGAUUGCAAAAGUAUUCUGUUUCUCCUUUAUUAAUUACACAGGAAGUUUCCACCGAAGGCUCAUGUGGCACAACUGGCCUAUGUAAUAAGUAGCAGGGCCUGUAAUUACAGUCUGUCUUAUGAUGCUAUCUGUGCUCUGACUUUCUAGGCACUGCAGUUCUAUUUACAUCUGCGCCUUUGUCACCUUUUAAAUAUUUGAUCGGUCACUAAAGGAAGAAGAGCACAAGCCGUAAGCCUUGUGGAGGUGCAGUGAGUCUAAAUGAGGGAGUCCUCCUCCUGCUCAGGUAUCCACCUGAGUUGGGACACAGAACAGAGCAUGGGGAACAGGGGAGAUUUUACCAGCCAUGCAGCGGAGUGGGCUGCACACCAACUGAGUAUCUUUCAAGAUCUUGGAGUCUUUGUAGGACUGGCAAUUUGAACCUUUUACAGGUCUUAACUAGUGUACUCUCCUGUUAAUAUAUCAGCAUUUCUUUGCUUAGAGCAGUGUCUACAGGAUUUGACCUUCCUUUUCUGUAAGAUUCAGGGGUUUAUGGUUGCAGAGACCAUUCCACAUAUGACGUGAGGAGGGGAGUGGCUUUUGGCAUCAUGCAGAGAAGCUGGGCUUCAAAUCCUAGUAUCAACAUAAAACAAGAGUAACUUGAGUGGAAGGGGGAAGGCAGUGAUUUACAUGUGGUUCAGUACCAGGUUCACCAGCUCUGACCAGCAUUGAGUGCAGCCUCAGUCAGAUCAGCUCAUGGGGGUGUCAAUCCAGACACCUGGCAAUGAGUAAAUGGGCUCCUUGUGAAAGUGUUUGGUGCUGGUCACUCUAGCAGUAACCUCUUGUCUCUUUGGAAAUGUGCACUAAAGUUAGCGUAGAACUACAGAAUGGUGCCACCCAGUCUUUUUUUUUUUAAGGCAUACUCCCAGUGCUAUGUUUGAUCAAGAGAAAUGAAAGCCAUUGUGUAAAUACUAAACUUUAUGCAAAAAAAAAUAUUAGCAAUCCACUACAGAUACUUCUAAUGUCCAUUAAACUGUUAUGCAAAUUGUCCCUUUUCUGCAGCUUGCACUGUUAUUUAAUUAUUUUUGGUCUGAUGUCUGUUUAAAAAAAACCAAAAAAAACCACCUCAAUUAUUUCUUAAAUUUUUUUCUAACUCUACUUCUAAGAAAGUUGAUGCUUUAAAGGAAAAAAAAAACUUACUUUCAAACAUGGGUUUUUCAGGCUUCAAAAUUAAUAAUUUCUACACCUGACCCAGUUCCUGCAGCUGCCAAAAAUGAAAAGAGAAAGCUAUUUAAAUUUCUCAUAGAACCAUUUAUCUCUUAAAAUAUGCCAAGGCAAUUUGAGGUGGGGGUGGAGACUCAGCUAUUUAUCUCAGCAGCUUGAUUUUUCUCUUUAUGUUUCUAACUGUCAGGGGGAAAAAAAAACGGUAGGAAGCUAUUCUUGGGCUAUUAUUGAUGUAUUGUGUUGCCAUUAUGCAGGAUGUCUGCUUUGCUAUAUACGGAAGGACAUUAAUAAUAGCCAUCUCCCCUACCCCCACCCUCGGUUCCUCUUUGGAAAGAUAUGGUUUAAACUGGAGCAUCUGCUGUGUUCAAUUUGCUGCUCCCUCCUCCCCUUCCCCCAAUUCAUUCCCAAACUAGUUUUGAGAACAGGGCUAAGGGAAUAAGAAGACAGGUUAUAUUUGCCAUUUUUCUGCCUACUGUGUGGUUGCUCCAGGCAAGUCAUUUCCAUGCCAUGUACCUGUCUACCCUCUUCCUUCCCGUGUAUUGCCCUUCCUUUCAUUUUAAGUUCAUCAGUGUAAAAAAACCCUUUCUCACUGUCUUUUUCUCACAGGGGCUGGCUGGCAGAACGGGCUCAGCAACAGACCUCUGAUUUGUUAUUACCCAGCAUUUCAUAUCCAGAAACGUUGGUUUCUUCAUUACUUCCCAUAAGUAGGAAAACGUAUUCCUGUUCCCAUCCCUCCUACCCCAGGUUUAAAACAUUGUUAUGAAACUUUAAAGGGUCCAUCCGCUUGUUUAAAGACUCGGAUGCUUGGUUUAUUUUUGGAAGCAGAGUGUAUGGUGAACAGGAAUAGUUUGAUGUUUAAAAAAUAGCCCUGCUUCAGCAUUCCCCUGAAGAGCGGGAAGUCCUGUCUCCGCAGGUCUGUGCCAGCAGCGUGACAGCCCAGAGAGCAAAGCUGACUUGAAUAGGAAAACGAACUGGUCUGAUCCAUUUCAUCUGUGAGGAGAGAGGUGAAAAAAUUAAUGUGGCAGAAAAUAAAGGCCAUAAUUGCUCUGAUAUUUUUUUAAAUGGCUGUUCCUACAUCUCAGGCUAAUUUUGUUCCAUAAAAGCUUUGCUUAUUCCGCAUUUCUGAUAGUCGGGAUCAUGUGCUUUUUCAUGGUGUCAUUAUUUUUACUCAUCAUUUGUUGUGUCCUAGUCUUGCUCUGGUCCCUAUAUGGUAUGGAGCCAUUUUGGUUUGGGCACUGAAGACAAAGUUAGGAGCUCAGUCUAGGACAGCUCACCUAGAGUUUAGGACCAGAAAAUGCAAGCAGAAUAUUUUCCAGUUCUGAUAUAGGGAGGUUUUCUAAAUAUUGUAGAUGGGAGGAAUGCCUUCAUCUGGGAAAGUGCUCAGAUUUCAAAAUGAAAGGAAGAUGGCCAUUACUGUCUCCCUUGGUGGUGGCCAGGGACAAAAAUGCCACCCUCUGCAGUGUUCCCUAAACUAGAGCCAGAGCCCAGCAACUCUCUAAACAUUUGUUCCAGCUCCAGCUUGCCACACUGCUGCAGCGUGAGAGCAAGGAUGCCUGCUAACAGAGCAAGGUCCACCUCACCCUCUCCAGUCAGAGCUGCUCCCCAUGGUGAGUCUGUGUCCAGCCUAGGGCUUGAUCCUGCCUUCUUAGUGCAAGUACUUUGCCUGAAACAGGUGUUUUCUCUCUGCCAUUAGCCAUGGGAUUCUGUGCAAUGAUUAGGAUUUGCAGGGAGGGAGGAGAAGAUCCUGUUCCAAUUAGGCUGCUUUUGUGCUAAUGUUUCAUUCAGGGCUGUAUGAGAUAAGAGCAGUUUGCACUGGAAUGCACAGCCGGAGGUUGUGGUUUGCGUUUCAACUAUGUUGAGAUGGUACCCAUUGAAAAUACAGAACUGGGGCACUUUUUUACAUCUGCCAGUGCUUUACUGACAGCUCUGUUCAGUUUGGCAAAUAGACAUUUUCAGCCUUGUCCCCUCAGCCUGAUCUAGUUCUUUGCUUUAUCCACCUAAAGAGUAGAUUUCUAAUGUGCCUAAUACCCAAGUAUCUGAGCACCUGACAAGUAUCUAAGCAGAACAACCAGCAAGGUGAAGAGUAGGCUAUUAAAUGAGCUGCCUUUACAAAAAGCAUAUUCCACUUUCUUCACUAUGUGCCUUUUCGGAGACCUGUGAUGCUCCUUUAUGGGCAGCAGAGAAAUAGCCCUAGUACCAAGCAGGGAUGGGAACUAUAAAGGAUAAUGUAGAACAGAAUCAAGAGGCUAAUUCUGAGCAUCUGUUCUCCAUUGGGAUAAGCAAAGCAAUGGCUUUAUCCCAUCAGCAGUUCUUGUCGUCGUGCUUAACGCACCUCAUUGUCUGGUAGGCAACUGUUCAGUGGCAGAGGUACUUGGGUAUAUCUCCUCAAAUGUCUCUGUCUUAUCAGAACUCCAGAGUCAUUCAUAUCUGGAGAUUUUAUUUGCUUAAUAUUUUCUCUUAUAAGUUCUCCAUUAUUCAUUUUUUUUUAUAAUGUUAGGAGAGAAAAUUUGAAGGUGAGCCAAAGGCUGGGUGUUUGAUUGGUGCUACUGUAUUAAAAAGGCUGAUGUGCUUUCAUUUUCAAUCCCCAAAAUCAUGUUUUAGGAAACUUUUCCCUGCUGUGGUCAGAGAGGAAAUACAAGUUUUAUUGGAAAUGCAGCAAAGGGCAGGUUUGAUGUUUUGAUGCUCAGUACUGCACCAGUGUGACCUCCUCGGCUCUCCCUCUGAAGAGUGAGGACUUAGUAUUGGUAGAGGUAUGGGCAGAGCAAACUUAUGCUUGGACGUUCUGUUGAUCUUGCUAGACAGUGUCUGCUUUGGUGAGACUUCAGCUUCCUUAAGGGUCCUGUAAUUUCCAAUGCCACAGCUUGUGUUUUGGACCAUCAGAGAGACUGGAGGGCAGCCUCCAGUGCCUUCUCUCCAGUUAGUCAAAUGACAGACUAGGAGUACUAAUUCUGCAGUUGUGGUAACGGCACUUUCCAGCUCAGAACAAACAGCAGAGGUUUCUUGUGUUUCAGAGCCUCAUCUCACAGUGGCUUUACCUGUGUGGGCUGAUGCAAAGGGGUCUGAACCACACACGGGUCAUUCCAGAAGGAUUCCUCUUGGCUAAAUGCCCCAUGGCAAACCCCCUGGGGGCUGGGAGGUUGGCUUAGUCUUCCAAACUGCAAGGAGGGUGUCCCCAGGAAUGUAUUUGUCCUAUGUAGCUGCUGUGCUUUGGCCUAUCCCUGCCAGCUGUCUGCUCCACGGUUCACUGGUGAUGAUGUUUAUUGGACAUGCAGUAAUUCAUAGUGGAUGACUCGGCCAGGUUUGAAGUGGUAUUUCAGCUUUACGGUAGCUGUUGGUUUAGCCCUUUGGAUAGAGAAGGUUUUGCAUUGUUGCCUUUGUUGCAGUUGGGAGGGGAGUGUGACUGACCACACUCCUCCUUGUCCUGUGCCAGCAGACAGAGGCUCUCAGUGGUAUGGGAAGUAUCUUCCUUUUAAAUGUGAAUCAGUAGCCUAGGUAUCUGGGCAAGAAGGGGGCACAAGGAGGCAUUCCCUGUCUGAGGAAUGCCUUCUGCUGCACGCUCCAUGCCCUCAGAUCCUAAGGGAGGUAACAUUACUUGAGCUUUUAGGACUGGUCUCCUAUCUGUCAGAGCUUGGGGUUACCAAGUUUUACCCCUUGCUGAGCACAAGCACUACCCAAGUCUGUGAGGGGCCUAAUCCUGCUGCCAUUGGAGUUCUCCCGAAUCCUGUGAGUUGCUGAGCACAUCUCCUCUGAGCUGCUGAGUAGCCUCCCUUCUCACUGAACCCAUCAGGCCACUUGUCUCCUUCAUUGACUACUUUCACAGGGCUUUGAGGGCACUCAGGAAAUGCAAUCAGCACCUUACAGGAUUGGUCUGCUAGGUAAUAUAUGAAGUUUUUUCUCUGGUAACUUGUGUGCAUGAAUUGAAAACCAUUUAUUCCAGUUUGUUCUGAGGACAGAUGCAGCAUAUACACGUUUUCUAUAUUUAUAAAUAUAUUUAGAUAUAUAUAUUUUGUUCUCAGCUAGUUACUUCUUCUAAACUGCAAUUUUCAGAGUAACCGGCAUAUAUUUUUUAUUCAACAUGUAAAAUGACUUUUUACAGUAAGAGAAUGAAAGCUGUUUUAAGCAUGUGUUUUCUGUAUUUUUAUUACGCAUUAUCCAAUUAUAUUGAGAUGUAUUUUCCUCUUUGCUCUGCUCUUUCAGUUGUUAUCCUUUUUAUCAGUUAUGCUUUUCUAAUGUUUUGUAAGGGAAAAUAAAUAUGCAAAAUCGCCAGAUGCCUUUUUUCUUUGCAGAAGAAGUAUCACAAAUGCUUUUUUGUUACAUUUUACCAAUCCAAUAAACUCCUUAUAAAUUUCA